AGAAAAGCUCCAGCUCACAUGCUUCCAUCCCUGCACUCAUCCUUAUUUCACAUGUGAUUCUAGGUGCAUUUCCCCCCUGCGGCUCCUUCAUGGACUCCCAGCAACAGGAAAACCCUCAGACAUCAAUGCAAGGCAGCUGAGCCUCGUGGGUUAAGUGCUGGGGUCUAGAGCAGCCUGCCACAUUCUUACCUCAUUUCUACCUUUUACUGGCUGCGUGACCUUGACCAAGAAACUGCCUGCAUUCCUAUGAGGAGCCUGGUGCAGUGGUGAAUCGCUUUCCCCCUGUUGUCCGCGUCUAAGUGAAUUUUCCCAAGAGUCUGAGAGAUAAUGAUGAUGCUUGAACUGAACAACUAAGGCUUCUGAAGUCAGAGAUCUUGAGAUUAAUAAUGGCAGGAAAGUCCUCACUUUUUAAAGUAAUUCUCCUUGGAGAUGGUGGCGUUGGAAAGAGUUCUCUAAUGAACAGAUAUGUGACUAAUAAGUUUGACACCCAGCUCUUCCAUACAAUAGGUGUGGAAUUUUUAAAUAAAGAGUUGGAGGUAGAUGGACACUUUGUGACCAUGCAGAUUUGGGAUACGGCCGGUCAGGAGAGAUUCCGAAGCCUGAGGACGCCCUUUUACAGAGGUUCUGACUGUUGCCUGCUCACUUUUAGUGUCGAUGAUUCUCAAAGCUUCCAGAACUUGAAUAACUGGAAGAAAGAAUUCAUAUAUUACGCAGAUGUAAAAGAGCCCGAAAGCUUUCCUUUUGUCAUUUUGGGCAACAAGAUCGACAUAAACGAACGGCAGGUGUCUGCAGAAGAAGCCGAAGCCUGGUGCCGGGACAACGGCGACUACCCUUACUUCGAAACCAGUGCAAAAGAUGCCACGAACGUGGCAGCGGCCUUUGAGGAAGCGGUGCGAAGAGUGCUUGCCACUGAGGAUAGGUCGGAUCACUUGAUUCAGACAGACACCGUCAGUCUGCACCGGAAGCCCAAGCCCAGCUCCUCUUGCUGUUGAUCCUGAUGAGGUUUAACCAACUCACACACACAUAUGAAUAAACAUGGGGAGAGGAGAAUUAGCAUUUGCAGCAAUAGAUCAUAUACUCAUAAAAUUAAACUAACCAUAUUGCUGCUCCAUAUGUGGGUGGGAGAAGGGAUACAUUCACUCACAGAAGAAUCUUAUUUACUCAGUAAUGGCAUCUUACAUUUAUAAGUUGUAACGGUUGUCUAAUGUUUAAUUUAAAUAUGUAAGUUACAGAGCUAAUAAAUGAGAUGACCAAGACUUUGACUUUGUGAUUAAAACAAAACACUUGAAUAUUCUAGAAAUUGUUCUUUUCCUGGGAAAGUGGAGAACGACUUUUUAUAUAUGUAUAUUUUUAUGUAAUUAGCAUCUAUUCCUGGUUCAGAGGGAAAUUUCCUACAGCAAUAACGUUAGAUAUUAAAGAUUAAAAUUGAGUGCAUCUG